AUGUCCUCUUCUGUCCCAUACGACCCCUACAUUCCCGGUGGCGAGUCCAACGCCCCCGGCGGUAACCACAAGACCGCCGCCAUCCAGGCACAAAUCGAUGAUACCGUGGGUAUCAUGCGAGAGAACAUCAACAAAGUCGCCGAGCGAGGUGAGCGACUAGACUCUCUGCAGGACAAGACCGAUAACCUGGCAGUCUCUGCACAGGGUUUCCGACGAGGCGCCAACCGAGUGCGGAAGCAAAUGUGGUGGAAGGACUUCAAGAUGAAGAUCUGUCUCAUCAUUGGUGUUAUCAUUCUGAUUGUCGUCAUUGUUGUCCCUAUCGCCAUCCAUUUCUCAUAA